CGACGAUCACUCCUCUCAGCUCCACAAGUUCGCGCACAUCUUUAAGCUGGCCAAAGUUCCUUCCUUCACCAGCAAGCCCGCCGCAUUCCCCAACCGUGCCAUAUUUUGUGGUCUUUCUACCCGUUGACGUGUUCCCUACUAGUCAUUUCUAUAUUCUGUUUCGCGCACGGUGGCCAGUGUUGUCAUAGCAGUUUGAGAGUUGGGUUGCGCGCUCCGAUCUAGUUGAUUGGUAGGGCGUCAUCAGGCAACGCAGGGCAAGGAAGCAGGGAAAACCUCUGUAAAUGAGGCGAAGAGGAGGCGAUUGAAGCCCAAGAGACCCACUCCCUUCACCGGACUUUUGUUGCGACAGCUCUUCUAGACCCUGGACGUCGUUGCGCUGGCACAAGACUCACAGUCAUAGUCAUUGUUGUCGACAAACCUCAUCCACACGCAAAUACCAUAUCAACGUACUUUGCGCUGAAUGCGCUGGGCGUCCAAGUACACAUUACACCAUCGCAUCCCGACAUCUGUCGUUCGCGCACAUACAUCGCGAUCAACAAACAACCCCAGGGGAUCGUCAAUACCACUUACAGCCUCACUCCUCCCAAAACCAACUCUACUCAUAUCAUCUUCCGACGCCACACAAACAAACACCAUGGGUAGCAGUUGGAACCCCUUUUCCACGGGCUCGCCCUCACGACGCUCAUCAUCCUACCGCCCCGGCUACGCUUCCUCGUCCUACUCUUCAUCAUCGCGCCACCACAGCUCAACAUCGCGGUACAAGCGCUCACCCCGCGACUCGUACAUGCAACACCUCUACAAAAAACUACAACAUUUUCUCCGAGAAAUCUGGCGCUACGCUCAACGCCAUCCCUACAAAGUCUUCUUCAUGGUCAUCAUGCCGCUCGUCUCUGGCGGUGUCCUCCAUAAACUUGCUCGCCAGUUCGGUGUCAACCUACCCGAGAUGGGUGGACAGGGAGCAAGAGGCGGGUACUCGGGCUCCGGUCACCACAGCAGCAGUGGAGGUGCCAGUGGCGGCUACUAUGGUAGUCAGGGAUAUGGCAUGGAAAGCAGCCGAAGCGGCCCGAGUAAUGGUGGCGGAGGCAUGAUGGCGGGACUUGGCAAUAUCGACAUGCAGAGUGUAGCAGGCGGAAUCGGUGGGCUGGCUAACUUGGCGAGUAUGGCAAGCAAGUUCAUGUAAAGCGGAAGGGAGGCUGACGCCUCUUUCUUCUAGGAACGGUUGAGAAUAUCUUUACUAUCACGAGGGUCGUGGGGAAUCUCACAGGGAGUAGGAAUGAUUGGUGACAUGAGGAGAUGAGGAAGAGGUGGGAUCUUGGUUGUCACACCUGGUAAAAGGCGGCAUUUUUGUUUUGUUGUGGCACGACGUUACGACAGCAUGAGGAGAAGCGUGUGUUGGCAUUCCCACCACGCUUUCUCCUCUUUUUAUCUUGGGCCUUUCAUGUUAUUUAUUAGAGAUAUCCCUCCUUUGCGUAGGCUUAGACCUACAUGGCGUUCAGAUGCAGAUACAAACAUACUUUCUUCAUAGGUCUCUAUUCACUUUAUAAGCAUGAGAAUCAGU